AACUCACGGUCCUGCAGCGAAUUUUUCGACUCGACACGAGGCAGAUCCUAGCUAAGUAAGUUUCAAAACUACAUGCCCUGGGCUUCCAGCCAAUUCUGUUUCUUGGACAGUUUGACCGUAAGGGCCGUAUAGUAGGGGACGUGAUCACUCACAUCGAACCAGCGGAAGGUGCUGCACGUGACAUCCUCAUGAAGAUGAGGAAACUUUAUGAACACCUUCUGAGAAAAUUACAAGCUUCACCUCCUGCUAAAAGUUCUACACCAGCAGCUGGACCAUCCUCUGCUGACAGUGUCGAUGCUGGACCAGUCCCAGACCCAGAGGCUCUAAACGAGGAAUUUAUUUUGCAUUUAAAGCCGGAACCAACAUCUUCCCUCUGUCAGCCUCCUGUGUCCUACUCUUCAUCUCUGCUUCCUCCUGCAUCCUCCUCUCCAUCUCUGCUUUCUCCUGCAUCCUCCUCUCCAUCUCCGCUUCCUCCUGCAUCCUCCUCUCCAUCUCCGCUUCCUUCUGCAUCCUCCUCUUCAUCUCCGCUUCCUGCAUUUCCCUCAAUUUCUACGGCGUACACCUUGGAUGUCCCAAACAAAAAAAGGACAAGGAAAGAAUGCCAAAAACACCGUACACAAAAGAUUUUCAAAUAUGAACAGAUAGUAGAGAGGAGAGUUGUAAAUGAAAAAGAAGUUAAAGUCAAGUGGAAGCCCUGCUCGAUAUGGUAUGUAGUAACAACUUUGUUGGACGGGAACAGACAUUCAUAUUGAUGAUAAAUAGUUAUCACCACAGUUUGAAUUCAUGUAUUUGGACUAAAGUAAAUUGGGAGCUUUUAGCUUUUAUCUGAGGAGCUUGAUAGCAGUCCACCUCCAAAGUUCAUUAAGAGAUUUGGAGGUGGACAUGGUCAACACUUUUAAAGGUGAUCAAGUAUUCAAGGAUGAAUGGAGAUUUUCAUUGUGGACUGCAUGAGAGCUGUUGGGGUGAAAGGAGAAUGAGGUUGGAGGAGUGAGUUAACAGGUUAAUGUGUGGGUGUAAAACAAUGGGGUAAAAAAAAGAGAAAGAAAAUAAUGAAAAAAAAAAAACAAAAAUAAAAAGUGUGGAAGUGUGAGUGGGAAAUUGUCUCCAACUAGGGGAAGCAGUGACACUACAGGUCACCUUCGUCCCCCGCUGGACACAAAAGAAAACAUAAUUUGGAGAGGUGUGGAUGAAAGUAAUUAACAACAACAUCAAGAAGAUUUUUUGUGUUUGUGGUUAAGAUCAAAUAAAAAUUUCAUUUUUGGGGUUUAAAGUCAGUAGAGUUCAAAACAAAAUAAGUAGAGAUGUGUUGCUUUAGGAGUGAUGAAAACAUAUGCAGUCACAGUGAAUAAUGAAAGUCUCUCAGUCUGUCGAUUACAGGUGGGCAACGGACCUGGAUCAAUUCUCCAUGGGCGGCAGUCGGAAGAAAAUUAUAGGUUAAGAUCAUUAGAAACAAAAAAUAGAAAAACCCAGCCCGAAUUUUGGCUGAAUUGUUUUGCCGCUUACCGUCCUCAUCCUGAAAAAGCAAGCUCCAAGGAAGCUAAUCUCUCCCUGAAGACACAGAGUGCAGUUCCAGAAGCACAAGCAUGAACAUCAACAGUGGACAGCAGUCCAAGAGACAAUACCAGAGCAGAGAGGUCCAGCAGCACUAUGGGCAAACGGCAUCAG